UCACGGACCGAUAUUUGUGAUAGUAAAUCGGUAUCUGUGCGAAGGAAGGUGAAGAUGGCGCCUACUGUUGAGAGUCAUGGACGACAUAUCAUCUUGGAGAGUGAUCCUUAUGUCGGUAGCUGGAGACGGAAACAGGCAAUGAAAGGUAACAGUUCUUCGGAUACUUUGGACUUGAGCUCGCACAAUCACCAGCUGCAUUCGAUGAACAAUUCAAUCGCUAUGUCUGAACCACAGAAGGAAGUGAAGGAGAAAAGCAAAGACGCGGCUCGUAAGCGUCGCAUCAGCGAGAAUCAAGAAUUUUUGAAGCUUGCGAAGCUUUUGCCUUUACCCACCGCACUCACGGCUCAGCUGGAUAAGGCCAGUGUCAUUCGGGUGACGACCAGUUACUUGAAGAUGCGUGCGUUGUUUCCACAUGGUCUUGGAGAGGAAUGGGGUGCUUCGCAGCCAGCCAACAUUUCCCUGCAAAUCGCCCUCAAGGAGGUGACUAGUUAUAUUUUACAAGCUCUCGAGGGCUUCGUGUUCGUUUUGGCACCCGACGGCAAAAUCAUAUACAUAAGCGAAACGGCCAGUGUUCAUUUAGGAAUGGCGCAGGUGGACCUAACAGGGAAUAGCAUAUUCGAGUAUAUCUACGACCACGACCACAAUGAGAUGCAGUCCGUUUUAAACUUGCCACAAAGUCCAGCAGAUCUUGCUGGUGUCACCUUUCCACCCCCGAACUCGCGGGGUGAAAUAGAGCUGGAGCGUAUUUUCAUUUUGAGGAUGAAAUGCAAUUUGGCGAAGAGGAACGCGGGUCUAGUCACAGAAGGAUACAAGGUGAUACACUGUUCAGGUUACUUAAGGUGUAUCGUAGAAGGAGCUGUAGGAUCAGAAUACGAAGAUGGCAGCGGUCGCUGUAUUCGAAACAUCGGUCUCCUCGCCGUGGGUCAUUCUCUACCCGGUCGCUCCCUCACGGAAAUCAAAUUGUACCAGAACAUGUUCAUGUUCCGUGCGUCGCUGGAUAUGAAGCUCAUAUUUGUCGAUGGCAGCGUUUCGCAGCUGACUGGGUACAACCCUACGGAUCUCAUCGAGAAGACGCUGUACCAUUACGUGCACGGGUGCGACAUGUGGCAGCUAUGCCAUGCUCACUAUUUGUUGUUGCGCAAGGGACAAGUGAUAACCGGCUACUACAGGUUCUUAGCAAAGUGCGGAGGCUGGGUGUGGAUGCAGUCCUACGUCACCAUAGUCCACAACUCCAGAAGUUCCAGGCCACACUGUAUAGUGUCAGUGAACUACGUGCUAUCGAAACCCGAGCACACGGAGCUGGUACUGAACUGCGAGCAAAAAUCGUAUUGUUCGAGUCCGAGCGACCCACCGAGCGCCCCCAUGUUGACACCUACUACAAGUGCAAGCGCCAACGAUUUGGACAACCACAGUCCCAGUUCUCCAGCCUUUCGGAACAGGUCGAAAGAAUCCUUGGACAACGAUUAUGCGAACGGCAGCGCGUAUCCCAGUCCGGAGUAUGUCGAUCUGACGAAUCACAGCCAUUAUCUGUCGCCUUCGUAUCAGCCGCAGAAUGUGAACAGUAGUCCUCAUGAGGAUAAUUCGAAUUACAACUCUGACUGGUUUUAUCAGUAUGGAGAUAUGCACCAGGAGCCACUGGCAUCAGUACCGCAGCAAGAGUCGCAUCCACAUCCACUACACCACUCCAACUCGCCAUCGAACUUGCAGCAACCCAGUCCUCAAAACGCUCAACAAAAGCACCAACAUUCCCCUCACCUGCUGGACACGACACCUCCAGCGAGUCUGCCACAGCCGCAACCACAGCCGCAGCCACAACCUCAGCAACAGCAGCCCAGUCCUCAAAACAGUCAGCAGAACCGGCCAUACUCGACGUCCUCCAGUUCCUGUUGCAGCACGGACGCCAUGGACACUCACCUGCCCAGUCCAUUGAGUCUCUACUCUCUUCCACACGGCUACCACCCUUACUACCAUCACUACAUGCCCGACUCCGCGCCCUCCAACCUGAACGAGGUCGGCGGCGUCAUCAUGUACCCCAACUGUGGCCUGAACAACGAGGCCCACAACGCUCCCGCGACCAACAACGCCUCCAGCAACGUGCAGCACUACGAAUCCUCCUAUCAACCUCACUCCAGCCACUACAACUCGAACAACAACCCAGUGAAACACUCGUACCAUCAUCUGGAACCCACGGCGGCUGGGUACACCAGUGUGAUCGUGGACUCACAGCAGUAUAGUCCCAGUUCGGUUCAGGAUCUCAUACAUUAUCAACAUCAUUACGAAGCGCAUCAUCAGUUCGUUCACUGACACCAACUAGAUGUGCCCUGCGUAUAGCACGUUGACAACUGCGACCACGAGUCGUGCUACUGUGAACAACCAGUUGGAGAUGACCGGCGCGAUGGCGAGCUGAGGGACGGUGAUCCGACGGAUAUCGAACUUGUUCCCAUCGUACGGUCUAGUAGGAGAAUGGUGCACACGGAUAGGGUCAGCAGGUGAGUGACGCCUUCCAUGGGUGAUCAGCUUCUAUAGAAGCAAGUCAAGUUUUUAACUUCUGCAAAGCAGAAUAUUCGUGUAGGUGAACUUUCAAGAAGAUAAGCCUCCACAUCUCAGUUUGGUCAUACAGUUGGCAAGUGUCAGUGACUGUUAGAGUCUCAUACGUUAAGUAUGUUAGGUAUACACCUGCUAAAACUGUAGCAACAGAAAGUGCGCUUUGUUUAAAAAGCAUACGAUACUUGAUCUUCUCGAUCGGGACUGUGUACAAAUUUUCAUACAGUGUUCGUGUGAAUUGUAGAAACACUGACGAGUGUGGUAAUUUAAUUAAAGGACAAUUAUACUGCCGAAUUUACGCAAUUCUGCGAUAAUAGAUGUACAAUGGAUGUACUUAACGGAUUGGUAAUUUAAGAAUGUAAAGGAUCUAGACAAAAGGUUAAUAUUUGUUGAUCCGUUAUGAUUUGUUGCUUAAUUCACAUAUCAAACUUAACUUUCAAAGGAGCA